AUGUAUAAUCCAAUACUAUAUGGUAUUGUGAGACUUUGCAGUUAAUUUUAUUAAUUUAUGAAUUAAUGUCUGAAUAAAUUAUUAGAAUCUCUAGAUCAUAUGUACGAAUCUUUAUUUCAGAAACUAAUUGAAAUAUUUGCUAGACGAGGAAUAAUUAGACCAUUAAUUCGAAGGCCAGCAGUACCAGUCAUAGAAUUAUAACCAAUUGAUCAUUCACUAAAAUAACCAUUACUUUUGCACUCUUGUAUUAGAUAGUUUUUCAUUAUAUUCUUUAGGAUAAUUUAAUAUUUAUAUUUAAUUUCUUAAAGAUUAAACUCGAUAAUACAUCUACACCUGUAUUUGCUUAAAGUUAAUCUAUUUAUCGAAGAGCAGAAUCAGAGAAAAAUUUUAGACAAUAUAUGAUACCAAAGUAUAUAAUUUAAUUAAUAAAGUCUAGGUGACACCAUAUAUAAAGUGGAUUCUUAUUCUAGAGAUAUUAGUUUGUUAAAUUUAUUUGAAGAUAAACAGGAACAGGAACAAUACUAAAAUUUGAAUUUAUAGGAUAUUCAUAAAAAAAGAAAUAAAUUGUAAACAAUAAUUGAGGAAAAUAAAAUUUACUCUAAUAAUCAUGAAGGAUAUUAAAGUCAAAAUUAAUCAUAAUAGAUCACAAAAUAAUAGUAAUAGUUGUCAAAUAGUAAUCUGCAUAUUGAAAAACAAUAAUUACCAAAUGUAAACUUUUAAGAAUUAGAUGAAAAUGAGUAGUUUUAUUCUAUAAUUGAUAAUACUGUCAAAAUUACAUAAUCAGAAUAAUUUUUUAGUAUAAUAGAUAGAAGUUCUUUUAGACUUAGUUUUAAUAUUUAAUACUCUUAGAAGUGA